AUGCCAACGCCUAUUGAGACAUGGUACACCGAUAUUCCACCCAUCACACGCAUCUACAUUACAGCAGCUUGCUUCACUAGUCUUGCAGUGCAACUCGGGUUUGUGCAUCCACUUCAUCUCUGGCUCAACUAUGACAGGAUCUUAUAUGACUUCCAGUGGUGGCGACUAGUAACAAACUUUCUAUACUUUGGGCCUAUUUCAAUCGAUUAUUUCUUCCACAUGUUCUUCUUAGCGCGUUACAGUCGAAUGAUGGAAGAAGGUUUCUUUAGAAACAAGCCGGCCGAUUAUGUCUGGUUACUGGUUUUCUCAGCUGGAGCUCUUAUUCUACUCUCGUUCAUUAUUCCUCAUGCUUACAUACCUUUCCUUGGGUCCCCCCUAGCCUUCACGAUGGUCUACAUCUGGGCACGUCGCAACCCCUAUGUCCGACUCAAUUUCCUGGGUCUGAUUGUAUUCCGGGCACCUCAUCUACCAUGGGUUCUGCUCUGUUUUUCGCUUCUAUUCGGCGGCCAAUUGCCAGUCGGUGACAUUCUUGGAAUUGCAGUAGGGCACAUUUAUUACUUCUUUGAAGAUAUCUGGCCCCGCGACAGUGCGAGUGGUGGAAAGAGGUGGCUAGAGACUCCUAGGAUCAUGUAA